UUCCUUUCUUUUUCUCUCUAAAAAAACACACACCAAGUUAAAUAAAAAAUAAAAAAUAUUUAGCCGCAAUUAAGGGUUUAAAUUUCGGUGGAGGCAAACAAAUCACAAACCCCAUUUACACAAACAUUCAUUUACAUAUUUUUAAACCAAUAUAUAUAUAUACACACAUAUACAUACAGUGUGUGUGAAGUGUGUUUUUUUUCUUGAAUGUAAUAUGAAAUUUUGGAGAGAAAUACAAACGUAUAUAGUAAAUACAUAUAUAUUAUACACUUUUAGCAAAUGGGGGUAGCAAAAUCUUGGAGAUAUAGUGGAAAAGUUUUGAUCUUGGCAAAAAAUCAUGGAUAUAAACAUAAUAACUUGAAGCAUCAUUGUUUGUUAUGGUCACCGCCGGAGACGACGGUGGUUGGCGGUGGGCAGAGACGGCGGAUCUCAUGGCCGGUGGUUUGUGGGGUGAUGUUGUUUCUUUUGGGUUUGGUGUCUUUUUUUACUGGUCAUCUUGCUUCUUCUCAUCAUGAAUGGUAUUCACAUAAAAUUGUUAAAACAAGAUUAUGGAAGAAAAAAGUGCACCAGACUAGCGCUGUACCAGUUGACAUAUGGAAAUCCAAGUACUCAAACUUCUACUAUGGAUGCAGUGAGAGAAGCCCUUAUUACGCACCUCCAGCUCGUCACCUGCCUUCAAACGGUUAUCUACUAAUUGCUGCCAGUGGUGGACUGAAUCAACAAAGAACCGGGAUUACUGAUGCCGUAGUUGUUGCACGGAUCCUAAAUGCUACUCUAGUCAUUCCUGAGUUGGAUCAUCACUCAUACUGGAAGGACGAUAGUGACUUUGCCAACAUAUUUGAUGUUGAUUGGUUCAUAUCUAAUCUUGCUAAGGAUGUGCCUGUUGUCAAAAGAGUCCCAGACAAAUUCAUGAGGUCACUUGAAAAACCACCUUACACGAUGCGUGUCCCGAGAAAAUCAGAACCUCAAUUUUACCUCAGUGAAGUACUGCCAAUACUUACAAAGAGACGUGUUGUUCAGUUAACUAAGUUUGAUUAUAGGCUUGCUAGUGAUCUUGAUGAAGAGCUACAACGGUUGCGUUGUCGGGUCAACUAUCACGCUUUACGUUUUACAAAACCAAUUCAAAAUCUUGGUCAGAAAAUUGUUAUGGAAAUGAGGAAGAUGUCUACUCGCUUUAUUGCAAUUCACUUGAGGUUUGAGCCUGAUAUGCUUGCAUUUUCGGGUUGUUACUAUGGUGGUGGGGAUAAAGAAAGAAAUGAGCUCGGUGAAAUCAGGAAAAGAUGGGCAACAUUACCCGAAACAAGUCCUGAUGGAGAGCGGAAGCGAGGAAAAUGUCCUCUAACACCUCACGAAGUAGGUUUAAUGCUGCGGGCACUAGGUUUUGAAAAUAACACGUAUCUUUACGUCGCAUCAGGUGAAAUAUAUGGUGGAGAAGAAACCUUGAAGCCUCUUAGGGAACUGUUUCCAAACUUUUACACAAAGGAAAUGGUCGCUAGCAAAGAGCUUGAACCUUUUCUUCCAUAUUCUUCACAGCUUGCUGCUAUAGACUAUAUUGUUUGUGAUGAAAGUGAUGUUUUUGUAACCAACAACAAUGGAAACAUGGCGAAAAUUCUUGCUGGUCGAAGGAGAUACAUGGGGCAUAAGAGAACCAUCCGUCCAAACGCCAAAAAGCUAAAUGCUUUGUUUUUUAAACGCGAUAAAAUGCCAUGGGCAACAUUUGCUAAAAAGGUAAAAGCAGCCCAACAAGGAUUCUUGGGUGAACCAGAUGAGAUGAAAACCGGGCGUGGUGAAUUCCACGAAUACCCGUCUACUUGUAUUUGCAAGAAGCCCUUCAAGUUUUCCGAUCUCGACAGCAACUACAACAUAAACCAAACCCUCACAAAGUUGUCCUUCAACCCGGAAGCAGAAUCUGAAUAUGGGCGCAAUGAAGAAGAUCAAGGUGUUCAUAAUGUGCAGAGUAUAGAAAAUUCAGGUAUGAUUGGAAACCGUGAAUCAUCAUCAUCAACAACAAAAGAAGAGGAUGGUGUUCAGUUUUUGGCUAAUAACUAAUGGCAAGAAAAUACUUGAUAGUGUCUUUGAUUUGAAUUUUUUUUUUUUUUUUUUUUUGGAAUUUAUAUGAUGAGCUAAGUUGGCUCGCUGUUGUAUCUAUAUUUUUGUAAUUUUCCAUUUUGCCACUGUUUUCGUUAGGAUUUCAAGAAAUUUAGUAGUGACAUCUGGGUUUGAGAUUACUCUGUAUAGAAAAGUGUCAGACUUCUACAAGUGUGGUAAUAUUUUUUGUAAGGUAGGACCCGUCCUUGACGGGAUUGGCUAUGAACUGGAUUGGAUGUUGUUGUUUAGUAGCCUGUGGAUGUUUUGCAGGCUUCAAAAUUUAUUAGCAAAUUUAUACUAUUACUCAUUA